CGGAUCAAAUUCAAAUAGAGCCACUUAGGCCGACCGGUGUCACCGGACCAUCCAUCAUUCUCAAAGCAGUAGCGCACACACGCUCCAUGGCCAUGGCGACCACCCUCCGAAGACUUUCCUCCCAAAUGCACCGCCUCCCUAGUCUUUCUCCCUUCACCCAUUCCCUAAGCGCUCGAUCCUCCGCCUCCAGCUCCUCCUCGGCCAAGGUUGCUGACCGGAUUGUGAAGCUCUCCGCAAUCGAUUGGGAGGGCAAGAAGCGUGAGGUGAUCGGACUCUCAGGGUAUACCCUUCUCAAGGCUCUUAAGAACACCGGGCUGAUUGACCCUGAGUGCCACCGUCUGGAUGAGAUCGAUGCUUGCUCGUCAGAGUGCGAGGUCAGCAUUGCCCAGGAGUGGCUCGAUAAACUGCCCCCUCGAUCCUACCAGGAGGAGAAAAUCCUCAGGAGCAAUUCCAGGACUAGGAGUUUGAAAAAGGAUUCUAGGCUUGGUUGCCAGGUCGUUCUCAAUCACGAACUCCAAGGUAUGGUCGUCGCAGUCCCUGAACCCAAACCCUGGGAUACUGCUUAAGAAAGGAUUCUGAACACUGUCUAUGCGUUUGGUUCCUUAGCUUCUUUUUUUUUUUCAUAUUUGGGAAUGAAAAUUUCAAAUAAUGUAACUGCAAACUUUGAAAACUGAUUGAUUUUAGGUGUAAUAAUCUAAACUGGCUUGUGCCAAGGUUGUACAUUGACUUCUGUGAUUUAGCCAUAUUGCACAAUAUGGCUCCAGUUGAUCUUUUCCUAUGGUUUAAAGUA